AGAUUAGUUCGGUUAGAGAGAGGGAUAAUCGCCGUUGAUGACGUCACCGCCGGUAAUCAACCAAUCAUAAAAUCCGAUUUCUCUCUGCCUCCUACCCUUAUCUCUAAGCCUCUCCUUCUCCUCCUCCUCCUCUCACGUUACCCUCUCUCCCUCCCUCCCUCCGGAAUGGAGACGACGCCGGAGACUCAGCCGAAGUCCCAAUCGCAAAGCGGCGGCGGAGGCUCCUCUCACCGUGUACCUCCGGGACGCGAGGACUGGUGGAGCGAGGACGCGACGGCGACGCUGAUCGAAGCCUGGGGAGACCGGUACGUCCACCUCAGCCGCGGAAACCUCCGUCAGAACGACUGGAAAGAAGUCGCCGACGCCGUCAAUUCUCGCCACGGCGGCAACGGCCGGCCGAAGACCGACGUGCAGUGCAAGAACCGGAUCGACACGCUGAAGAAGAAGUACAAGACGGAGAAGGCCAAGCCUUCUUCGUCCUCGUGGUGCUUCUUCGAGAGGCUGGAUUUCCUGAUCGGUCCCGCCGCCGCAAAGAAAUCCACCGCCGCCGGAGCUUUCAGAUCGCCGGUGACGAAACCGGCGGGAUCUGUUUCGAGCGGAAGCUCUCUAGACGAUGACGACGACGAGGACGAUGAUGAUGAUGACGUGGAGGGUGAUUGGGGGUUUGUGGCGAGGAAGCAUCGGCGAGUGGAAGGUGUAGUAGAUCGGAGUGUUGGUGAAGGUGAAGGUGAAGGAUCGUCGUGUAGGGAGCUGGCGAGAGCGAUUCUGAAGUUAGGAGAAGUGUACGAGAGGAUCGAGAGCGCGAAGCAGGGGAUGAUGAUUGAAUUGGAGAAGCAGAGGAUGGAAGCUGCCAAGGAGAUUGAGUUGCAACGAAUGAACAUGUUGAUGGAUAUGCAAAUGGAGCUUGAGAAGUCCAAGCUUGGGAAACGUAGAGCUGCUUCAGGUAAGAAGUUGUAGUAUUAGGUUGUGGAGAAGCUAUACUACUAUGGUGAUGCAAAAGGAAGCAAUGGUUGGAUCUGAGAGCGCUCAUAGAAAUUGGAGAAACUGUUAUUAUUCUUAAUCCUUAGGAUACAAGAAACUCUUGUAGUAUAUCUGACAUAUCAAGAUGUACUUUUGUGAAGUAUUGUAAUGUUAUGAUGGUUCAUGCAAGUUCCAGAUCAA